CCGCUCCUUAGUAGACGCCCCUCGCCGAGCCCGCCUAACCAUGCCCAACCCCGUCGUUUAUUUCGACAUCGCCGUCGACGACAAGCCCCUGGGCCGCGUCUCCUUCGAGCUGUUUGCCGACAAGGUCCCCAAGACAGCAGAAAACUUCCGUGCCCUGAGCACCGGGGAGAAAGGAUUUGGCUACAAGGGGUCCUGCUUCCAUAGAAUCAUUCCCGGGUUCAUGUGCCAGGGUGGUGACUUUACGCGCCACAAUGGCACUGGAGGCAAGUCGAUUUAUGGGGAGAAGUUUGCUGAUGAGAACUUCCUCCUGAAGCACACUGGAGAGGGCAUCCUGUCGAUGGCCAACGCCGGGCCAAACACCAACGGUUCCCAGUUCUUCAUCUGCACCGCCAAGACCGAAUGGUUGGAUGGCAAGCAUGUGGUCUUUGGGAAGGUCAAAGAGGGAUACAACAUUGUGAAAAUUAUGGAAGAUUAUGGGUCCAAGAACGGCAAGACCAGCAAGAAGAUCACCAUUGCUGACUGUGGGCAGCUUUCAUAACUGUUUUUUAUUGUCUUAACUACCAAACCAUUCCUUCUGUAGGCAGGCAGGCAGGGAGAGCGUCCCCCCCUCCGGCCCCGCCGUCUCCUCUGGGCCCCACGGUCCCUGUAAUCUUUGUGCUCUGACCUCCUUGCUGCAUCUCUGUUGGGUUCCAUCUUCCCUUCCCCUCCACAAGUCUAGUUGGACUGCAGAGUUAAGUUUAUGAUUAUGAAAUAAAAACCAACCUUAAACCACA